AUGUCGCGGCUUCCUUUUAUCCCCCACAUGUCUUUCCUGUUGCUUUGCAUUCUGGGUAUGACUUCAGUGACGUCUGGCUUCCCGCAGCUUCGACUACCUCUCAGGUGUCCUGACGGUCUGCAGGCUGAGAAACGGGACGAGUGUGACGUCGUCUUCCCCUCCAUCUCCCUGCACGACUGGAACCUGCAGAUGAUGUCGGCGCCGAGCCUCGGCGCGGCCGACAGUAAGGCAGGGCUGAUGAGGCCGGCGUGGCUCUUUGCUCCUGAGAGGACGGAGGACAGCGUGGAGGGCGUGUGGCCUGCUGAAUGGACGUCUGAAGGGGCGCGGCUGCUGAAGAGGAACAUGGUGGUGGCCGACGAUACGGCCUUCAGAGAGAAGAGCAAGCUCCUCACAUCCAUGGAGAGGCAGAAGUGGCUCAACUCCUACAUGCAGAAACUUCUGGUGGUUAACUCUUCGUGAUACUCUUACAGCGACUUGAACACAAAUUAGAACAAAGAGCCAACAC